GCAUGUGUCAACCUCUUGCGUUCUACGUUGACUCGCUGUACUGGGCCACGAAGGGACUAGCUACCGACGAUGAGAAACUCAUUCGCAUCGUCGUAGGCAGAUCAGAGAUCGACCUGGCUUCCAUCAAGAAAAUGUUCAAAGAGAAAUACACCACAACCACCCUGGCCGCCAUGGUCGAAGACGAUACCAGUGGAGACUACAAGAAUGUUCUCAUUGGUAUCAUCAACGCAGAUGCUGCACCUACCCCAGCCCCCACCACCACCUAAAGACCGGCUGGAGUCAUUCCAUUCACCAAGUUAACACAGUAUUAUAGCUGUACCGUAUUAUAAAGAAGAAGAAC